AUGGAUUCGGUAUGUGUAGUUAAAUUUGAUGGAAAUGAACGACAACCUAAUGAAAAUAAUACCAAUGAUGAACCUGAAUCAUCCGUUUCAACUAUGGAGUCUUUAAUUGUUGUAGACUUUUCUAAUAAUGAUUCCUUUGACAAUAAUAUGUCGUCGAAAUGUUCAGCUGAUUUGGAUCAAUCUCAACAACGAACAAAAUUAAUAGGAGUUGAUCGACAAGAAAAUGACACUAUUUCUAAUGAUAAUAUAGAAUCGGAUGAUGAAUUAAUUUUACCUCGUCAUAUUCAACUUGAAUUAAAGAGUAAUAGAAAACGAAUUCUUGAUCUGGAAAAUCAAUUGAAAGAAUUGAAACAUACAUCCGUUCCAUUUCCAACAACUGAAAAAAGUGAUUAUUUGCGCCGUGUGUUGGCUGUUGUUGAUAUGCAUGAUGAAUUAGCACAAACAAGAACAAUUAAUUAUGGGCAACUGUUAGGUCUUACUAAUUUUGAAUUAUUAGAAGCAACUCGUAAUGGACGAUUACCAUGGAAAAAAAUUGUUGUCAGUUUAAUACAAGCUUGUUUCAAGAAUGUAGAUUUGCAAUAUGAAAAUUAUACAUCACUUCGAACUCGUAAUAAAGAUUUGAUUGAUAAUAUUUCAGAAAUAUUUGAAAAUCAAAGUGAGUCUAUAUCAUCUGCACCUAUGAAAGUCGAAGAAAUUAAGGAAUUCAAACCAGAACGUAUUGAAUCAACGGAUCCAUUGGCAACGAUAACUAGCGAGAUAAUAAAUGGUAAAAUUAAAUAUUAUUUUUGA